AUGGUCAACUUCCUCUUUCCGGCAGCUACAUACGCUUGCCUCCUGUCUUAUGUCUCUGCCAACCCCAUCCCUGAAAACGAGGAGAUCAUUCAAACUACCUCAGACUUGACAUAUUAUGACAAUUCGUAUGUCCGGCUCUUUUCGGCAAAUGAUAUCAUCCCAGAGAUUGUCAAAUUGAGUGAAGAGCAGUUCUCAAACGAGACUCUCUCCAAGAUCGAGCCGUAUAUUCCCCCGGGCUCACCAUCCAGCGGAGAGGCAGACAAACGCGACUAUAUUGAGGGACCGGAUGACCGCGUCCUCUUUCCAAGCACUUCCUUUCCUUAUGCAUCAGUUGGCAGACUAUACUGGUCCAAUGGUGCCGUGUGUUCCGGCGCAUUGGUCGGUCCUCGCCAUGUCUUGACUGCCAAACACUGCAUCAAGAGUGGCGUAAGUGGAAAAUUUGCUCCUGGUUUUGACCAGACGGCGAAGCUGGGCUAUGGUGAUGUAACGCACGUUAUCACCAUUGGCGACGAGGCGACGGGUGACUGUCGCCACAAGGGAGACUGGGCUGUCAUCAUCAUCAACAAGCGUCUAGGUGACGAGCGAGGCUACUUUGGUGUCAAGACUCCAGACAAGUCCAAGAUUGGGCAAGUUGGUUUCGACCACAUGGGCUACCCAGGUGAUAAGGACAAUACGAUGAGGCCAUACCGCCAGAACAACAACAAACUUUUGGACAAGGAAUGGAGCUGUGAUGGAAAUGGCCCAUUUUGGACUGAUACUGACCUUUAUGGCGGUCAGUCCGGCGGCCCAUUCUGGGAGACUCUGGAUAGUGGUAGAUAUAUUUGGGGCGUCCUUGCUGUAGGUCAGGCAAGCAACGAUCGGUCUUGGGCUGGGUGGGCUUGUGGAAGCAAUAUGGUAUCAAAUGUGAACCGGCUGCUUAAAGAGUUUGCUUAA